AUGGCUGCAAACUCCAAACGUAUCUUCCAGAUGCUCUGGCUGGCCGCAGGUCUGAUCUUCACCCUCGCCCUCCUGCGCUCCCUCGGUACCCCCGAUCAGGCCAAGGAGUGGGCAUCCAGCAAGGUUAGCAGCCUCAUGGCUAACGACGGCGGCCGUGUUUCAAUGCGUGAGUUCAUGGCCACCGCCGAGGCCAUCUGGGCCAAAACCGUCCAGCAGCGUCAUGACAUGAUUGCUACCGACUACGGCGAUGCCUCUCUGAUGCCUCUAUUUCCCGCCAAAACCGUCGAUGGAUACAUAAAUCACCCCUACUCUAUUUGGGACUUCAUUCCGGCUUCUUUCAGCUGCCCUCAUGAGGUGGAACGCAUCGGACGUAUGGGAGACGGUGGCAAGUGGGUUUGCGGCAUGUCGCGCUACGUCAAUUAUCCCAAAGAUCGGGAGUGCAUCAUCUACUCCUUUGGUGUUCGCGAUGAGUCUAGUUUCGAAAACGAAAUGUUGAGCCGAACCAAAUGCCGUGUUUGGGCCUACGACUUCUCCGUUGUCGAUUUUGGCCAGCAGCUCGAACCCGCAAACCGUGACAGAGCCACCUUCCUACAGGCCGGCAUUGCUGGGAAGACGGAUACCACAAAAUCGCCUCCGUUCUACAGCAUCAGCGAUUUAAUGGACAUGAAUGGUCACGAAUACAUUGACAUUCUCAAGAUGGAUAUCGAAUUUGCCGAGUUCGAAGCCAUGGACGCUCUCCACAACGACUUUCCUAUCAUGGCCGGCGAGCUCCCUAUCGGUCAAUUCAUGGUCGAAAUACACCUCGGUCACGGCAAGACCUCCUCCGAAUUCCUCGACUGGUGGGAGCGCCUUGAGUCCCGCGGCCUGCGCCCUACCUGGACCGAGCCCAACCUUCUCUCUGUCACCAUGAACGUGGGCGAAGGGGACCCGGUGUAUGCCGAGUACACCAUGGUUAAUGUCCACGACAGCAAGAACAUAUUGUUUGGUGGAAGAUUGUAG